AUUUAAGACUUCAGCGCAAUUGAUUCGUAUAUUAAAAUUUCAAACGAUUAUUUACAACACUAAUGUAAAUAGUCGGAUUUUACCUCUUCUUAAUCGUACCAUGACGUUUAGGUACUGUCUGAUUAAGGUUAACAGGAAUAACCAUCCAAUGGAACUGCCGAACGUAUUUGAAAGUGAGCAAAAUAAAUGUGGCUCCAUAUCCUGACAAUAAUUUUUGAGUCAGUUAAUUUUACUUUUUUGUGUUGGAAGAAAAUAUCCUGUUUGCUGGUGUUGAAAGAUCGUCAUUUUAAAUAUGCACGUUCAAAUGCGAAGGUUGCAUUUUUUGUAUAAACGUAAUCUAUGCGAAACACGGAGAAGGUGCUAUUGGGACUACCAAUAUAUACAAAGAAGUAAAAUCCCAACGAUGCAUUUCCAAGCUUCUCUACCAAGACUUCCAAUUCCCAAGCUGGAAUUAACGUGCGAAAGGUACUUAGCUGCUCAGAAACCACUGUUAAUAGAUGAAGCCUAUAGAAAAACUGAGGCGAAUGUUAAUCAUUUUAAGGACAAUGUUGGAAAACAUUUGCAAAAAUUAUUGAGGGAUUUUGAUAAACAAAACAAACAUACCAGCUAUAUAUCGGAGUUUUGGUUUGAUAACUAUUUAAGAGACAGGAAACCAAUACCUAUAAAUUAUAAUCCUAUGUUGGUAAUGAAUAAUGAUGAAAGGGAGCAGUACAACACUCAGUUAAUAAGAGCAGCAAAUCUUGUGAUUAGCAGCCUAAGAUUUUAUAAAUCGCUACAUAGUAACUGGUUGGAACCUGAAGUCUAUCAUCUCGAUCCUCAAAAAAGUGAUACUGAAAUGUUCCGCAAUAUUUGUGCUAUGCUUCCCCAAUCAUUAUCGUGGUAUGGAGCCUAUUUAUUUAAGGCCUAUCCCCUAGAUAUGAGUCAGUAUCCAAACCUAUUCAAUUCAACUAGAAUACCUGAAACAGAUAUAGACAGGCUUGUUAAAGGCAAAGGAAGGCACAUUACAGUACAGCAUAAGGGUCAUAUUUAUGCAUUUACAGCGCUUUCAAAAGAAAACCAAAUAUUACCGCCUGAACAGAUUUUAGCAAGACUGAAAUAUAUCUUAGAAGACGACAUACCAAAGAAUACAUUUCCAAUUGGAGUUCUAACAACUCUAGAACGAAACAAGUGGGCUACAGUAAGACAUGAACUGGCUGAAAAUGGAAACCAGGCGACUUUAAAAUUAAUCGACACCGCAUUGUUUAAUAUUUGUCUUGAUGAUGAAUACGUUAAUGAUGACCCUUACGCCAUUAUAAGAAAUUUCCUUCAUUCCGACGGUGAAAAUCGAUGGUUUGACAAGUCAUUCUCUUUACAAGUUAGCAAAGAUGGAGUGGCGGCUGUCAAUUUCGAGCAUUCUUGGGGCGAUGGCGUAGCUGUAUUGCGAUAUUUGCAGGAUAUAUACAAAGAUUCUAUUGAAAACCCAGUAAUUCAUUCCGAAACCAGGCCCUACGACGAAGACAUUAAUAACAUUAUAAGACUAGACAUGAACUUAAGUGACCGACUAAAGGUGCACAUAGAGGAUGCGAAAAGGGAAUACAGACUCUUUUACAGUAGCCUUGACUUUGAUUAUUUAAUCAUGGAUCGGCUAGGGAAGAACCUUUGUAAGAAACAAGCUGUUAGUCCAGAUGCGAUCGUACAACUCGGAAUACAAGUGGCUUAUCAUAAAAUGCAGGGAAAAUUUGUGCCCACCUACGAAUCAUGCAGUACGGCUGCUUUUAAGCAUGGCAGAACAGAAACUGUCAGAUCUUGUACCAUGGCGACUAAGGCUUUUACUUUGGCGAUCAACGCUCAACAAAAACCGCCACUAAAUGAACUAAAAAUGAUGAUCGCCGAGUGCUCAAGAACGCACAGUCAGCUUACAAGGGAGGCUGCCAUGGGGCAAGGAUUCGAUCGGCAUUUAUAUGUUUUAAAAAAAUUUGCUGAGAAAACCAACAUGACGUGCAACAUUUUCGAUGAUCCCGAUUAUGCCUAUUUGAACCGUAUUAUACUUUCAACGAGUACUCUGACAUCGCCAGUCAUAUAUGCUGGAGGAUUUGGACCUGUAGUUCGCGACGGCCUAGGAGUGGGGUAUACUAUUAAAGACGACCAACUCCGAAUCUUGGUUACUUGUUAUCCACCGUAUCAUAGCGCCUCAAAGGGCAUUGAUGCCUUGCGACAGUCCUUUGAGGAACUGACAGCGAUACUGGAUACGAAUUAGCCUUAAUGUAUCUUUAAAUUUACCUCGUGUAUUAAAAAAAAAGUGUAUUAUUAUAUUUUGCACCGUUAAAACACAAUAAAUUUUUGAUUUUU